UAAAUACGGACUAAGGCUAGUAGUUAAGAUGUCUUUUUACGUAAAAUGAAAUCCCUUCUUGUACUCUUCUACCAAUCGGUUAUUCAAACCACUUUGACCAAGGUAUCAAAAAUACUCAGUACAGUAUUUAAGAUGUCUGAACCAAAUUGCAAGAAAGCUAGAGGAGAUGGAAACAAAACUGUAGUGCUGGCCUAUAGCGGUGGGCUGGAUACAUCCUGCAUAUUGGUCUGGCUUCUGGAGGAAGGUUAUGAUGUUGUGUGCUACAUGGCAAAUGUAGGUCAAGAUGAUGACAUCAAAGAAGCGGAGGAUAAGGCUAUAAAGCUGGGAGCAAAAAAGUUUGUUUGCUUGGAUUUGCGUAAGGAUUUUGUGACUGAAAACAUCUGGCCAGCCGUGCAAGCCAAUGCAGUGUAUGAAGACCGCUACUUGUUGGGCACUGCCCUUGCAAGACCAUGCAUUGCUAAGGGAAUGAUUCAGGUUGCUAAGGAAGCCAAAGCAGCUUACAUAUCCCAUGGUGCAACAGGCAAAGGGAAUGAUCAGAUCCGGUUUGAACUGGCUUGCUAUGCACUGUACCCUGAAGUUGAGAUAGUUGCUCCUUGGAAGAUACCCAAAUUUUACAACCGAUUCCAAGGACGAAAUGAUCUAUUUGAUUAUGCAAAGAAAAAUGGAAUUCCUCUUCCAGUCACACCUAAGAAGCCAUGGAGCAUGGAUGGGAAUCUUAUGCAUAUAAGCUAUGAAUCAGGAAUACUAGAAAAUCCAAUGACUACUGCUCCACAUGAUAUUUAUCAAAUGACAACUGACCCAAAAGAAGCACCAAAGGAGCCAAGUACCAUUGAAAUUGAAUUUAAAAAUGGUGUACCUAUCAAAGUAACCAAUGCAGAGGAUGGGGUCACCAAGACAGAGCCACUGGAACUUUAUUCUUACUUAAAUGAGAUUGGAGGCAAACACGGAGUUGGUCGUAUAGAUAUCGUUGAAAAUCGUUAUAUUGGGAUGAAGUCAAGAGGUGUUUAUGAGUGUCCAGCAAUGACCAUUCUAUUGCAAGCUCACCUGGACAUUGAGAACCUCACCUUAGACCGGGAGGUGCGUCGUAUGAAGCAAGAUAUUUCGGUGCGCUUCUCGGAGCAAGUGUACCGUGGUUAUUGGUACAGUCCAGAGUGCGAGUUCUCAAGAUUCUGUAUCGACAAGAGUCAGGAGUUUGUAGCUGGACGUGUGAUUCUAUCAGUGUACAGAGGCCAAGUCUACAUUAGAGGCAGAGAAUCUGCGUAUUCACUAUAUAAUGAGGAAUUGGUCAGCAUGAAUGUGAAAGGAGAUUAUGAACCAACUGAUGCGCUUGGAUUCAUCAAAGUCAAUGCCUUACGGCUAAGGGAGCAUCAGCGGCUACGAAGCAAGAUAACAGCUAACCAGAAAUAACUUCAUUCAAGUAAAUGUAUAUACAAGUGAUUACAAGUGAUUACAAGUGUUUAGAGUAACUUGUAGGAGUUGUAACUUAAAUGUUCAUUUAAUUUAUUUGUCUGAAAUUAAAAAAAUACAAGUAAAAGAGAAAAUAAAAGCAGAGACUGGUGUUUCAACAAGAAAGUGUGUUGCUGACCAGAUGAGAUUUAAUAUGUUUAAUUAAGUGAUGGCUGUGUUUCAUCUCAUGUUUUAGAGUAGUAAAAAAAUAUGCAUACAGUAUCAAUUUGUGUGAACCCUUGUUUAUCAGCAUUGACAUUUGUAUUUAUUUACUGAAUUUAUAAAGCAUCUUUUUCAUGAAGAUCAUGCUCAAAGAAAUUAAACAACAAAAAUUAAAAGCUAAGCAAUGCAAAAAUACAGUAUAUCCCCUUCAAGAACAGAAUGAACAAUUCAAAUGUAAUAAUUAUCAAAAUAAAUGUGCACAUAAUUUAUCUAGGAAGAAUAUGAAUAUUAUUUAAAGAAAUAAUUUCUACUUUCUUUAAGUUAUCAUGAAAUAAUUUGCAAAUUACAGAUGAUGGACGUUGCUAAUCCCUGCCCCAAUAUUGUUGCUAAGGGCCCGCUAACAACAGCGUAAAUUUAGCAGUGGUUGCUCCAGAAAUUUGCCGGCGAGUGUCCGACAUCUAAGGGCUGACUAGAGCCUCAACUGUGGAUCCCAGAAUGUAAAAUCUCUGGUAGGGUUCACAAGCUCUGUGGCUUAGUAUGUCCCAAAUUGUAAUUUUAGACGACAAUAUUAGGGAUUGGCAAUCAAAAUAACGUUACUUGGAUUGGCAAAUUACUAUUACCCUGUAUUUGGUUUAGUACGACAGGGAAAUGCCCUGCAAUCACUAGAACAUAGGUAAAGCUUGUGUGUUUAUGAGACAAGCGUGUAUUCCUGGGCCUGUUAUAAUUUAUCAGUUGUUAAGUUUCAUUGUAUUACAAGCAAAUAUUCAAUGUGACUGGCCUUCCUUGGUGUUUUUAUGGUUGGAUGUAUUGCAGUUGAAAAUACCAAUAAAUACUGAAAGUCUGUGGUAGAAGAA